AGUAGAAGUAUAUCCAAACAUAUAGACCAUUUUUAGUACUUGAGCUCCACGGGCUGCAGUGUUCCGCAAAUACUACCUACAUCCUAACGUAAAAACUAUAAUAACGGAUUAGUGUUUUCCUUUAAGAUUAAUCGUUAAGUUACAACCAAACAAAAUGACAUCCGGUACAGUGGUUUUGUGUCUCGUUUCUUUAGCCGUAUUACACGAGAUUCAUGGGCUUGACAAUGGAUUGGCAUUGACACCACCUAUGGGAUGGCUUGCUUGGCAGAGGUAUAGGUGUAUUACAGAUUGCGACACGUAUCCCGAUGAAUGCGUUAGUGAAAAAUUGUUCAAGAACGCAGCGGAUCUCUUGGUCAGCGAGGGUUACGCUGAGGUAGGUUAUCAAUAUUUAAUAGUUGAUGACUGUUGGUUAUCUCACAAUCGGUCUGCCGAUGGCAAACUGCAAGCCGACGAGAAGAGAUUUCCGAGUGGAAUUAAAGCUUUAUCAGAUUACGUACACGCUAAAGGUCUGAAAUUUGGAUUGUACCAAGACUGGGGGAAAAAAACAUGUGCCGGUUAUCCAGGUGUGCUGGGUUCCGAAGAGUUGGACGUUAAGACUUUUGCAGAAUGGGAAGUAGACUAUGUAAAACUUGACGGAUGUUAUUCUAAUGUGCGGGACAUGGACAAAGGUUAUGUGGAGUUCAGUCAACACCUGAACAAGACCGGUAGGCCUAUGGUGUUUUCUUGCAGUUGGCCGGCUUACCAAGAAGACAAAGGAAUGCUAGUAAAUUAUACAGCUCUGGCCAAAUAUUGUAAUCUCUGGCGAAACUCUGGCGAUAUUGAUGACUCGUGGAGUAGCGUUAUGGACAUAGCUGACUAUUUCGCAUUAAAACAGGAAUUCUGGGCACAAUAUGCAGGACCUGGUCAUUGGAAUGAUCCAGACAUGCUUGUCAUAGGGAAUUUUGGGUUGACAGUGGAUCAAAGUAAAGUACAAAUGUCUAUCUGGGCCAUACUUGCCGCUCCUCUGCUAAUGUCCAACAAAUUGUCUGACGUUCGUCCAGAAUUCAAAGAGAUCUUACAAAAUAAGGAAGUGAUCCGAAUCAAUCAAGACGCUCUCGGCAUACAAGGAAAACGGGUGUUUAGGGAUAAAAGAAUUGACAUAUGGCUACGACCAGUAGAACCGGUUCAUCUCGGACACUAUUCAUAUGCUGUUGCAUUCGUAAGCCGCCGAUCAGAUGGCGCUCCUUUUGCGUACCGAAUAUCAUUAGCAGAUUUGGGAAUGAACAGCUCCAACGGCUACACAAUUACAAAUCUUUUUGAAAAAAAUAAGUCUCCCUACAACAAUGCAUAUUUCACACAAAAAUCUUUUCUAAGAGUUCGUGUUAACCCAUCUGGUGUUGUGUUCCUGCGAGUCAAUGCUAGUCCUAUUAACCCUGAUAUUGAUCGAGAUAAUGCUAACAAUGCGACCAACAAUGUAGUUUUUAUAUAGAAUAUUAAAAAAUGUAAAACCUAUAAAGAAGAACCUCAAUAAAUUCAGUAGAACGUC